AAACACUCACCUUGGCCUGGGCGGUGAGAUUAAGACCUGUCCUGUGUUUUGCAUCUUGCCUGUCCUGAGAACCAUGGCCUCCCUCUGCUCGACUCUGCUCCUCGUCCUGUCAGCGCUCUAUGUGGCUGCUGCUGAUCUCCAGGUGUGGGGCAUUCGUGGCUACGGCAUCAAGGGCGAUAUGUUGUCCAAACCCGACCCCUACGUCAAGGUGUACUGUGGCAGCACAUUCGGUGGGAUGACGGAAUUCAAGACGAGCGACCCCAACCCCAUCUGGAGUACGUCGUUCCGCUUUCCGGACGGCAAAGUUGGGAAUUUCCUGAAACUGGAGUUGUGGGACAGGGACCUGCUGUUCGAUAAUCGUCUGGGGACCUGCAGAGCAAUGGUAAAGCAAAACACCAGUGCCAAGGUGACCUGCUCAAUGCGGAAGGGGGAAUUGGAGUUUUAUUACGGACUGUGAAAUUGCCAAUAAUGCAAGAGCAGGUGUUUUGUUGUCUAAAGUGACAUAUA